ACAUACAAGGUAAAGACUCAGAUGCUUCAGUAGACCAUUAAAUUGUGCUGAGGCCAGCAGCACUGGCACUACAGCCGACAGGGCUGGUUAAUCCUCUGGAGAAGAAGUGGGACCUGGGCUGGUGCUCAUUUGGAAGAAUGAAACUUCUAUAGAAACUAAUAGGGCCUCCCCCCAAAACAUGCCACGGCCACUUCUGGCGGGCUGCUCACAUUCCCGAGGCCUGAAAGAAGAAGAAGAGGAAAUCCAGCCCUGUUACCACCACCACAUACCACCUCCUCCAGACCACAUCAAGGGUCACAUCAGCUCUGGAGACAAUCAGAUGAAAAAUUCAAAUGACCCACCCACAUUUUCUUUGAAAGGGAUGGGUAAAAACAAGAACCGUGGUCCGGGAAGACAGCAUGAAGUGAAAAAUAGAAAUUACAGAAAGAAAAUGGCAAGGCAGAACCUUGGGCUUGAAGUAGUGUCUUUGUCUCCAGAACCACUGGGCUUGAACUUGGAAUUUCAAGAGCCAUUAUACAAGGAGGCAACAGUUUCUGAUCAUUUAUCAGAUGACGAUGACGACUGGAGAGAAAGAUACCCGCCAUCUGCCUAUGACAAAGUGCAUCUGUCAAGGAUUGCCAGCAUGGCUCAGUGUGAUCCAUACAAUUACAACACAACUAGUCUUUCGGGGAUGGAGGCUUUCUCUUCGUGGGGGUUCAGUGACAACGAGACGUGUAUUGGGUGCCCUUCUCAUACCAAGACGGAUGAAAGCUACGUUGCCCAUGAAGAACCCAUAGAAAAUAUGGAAUACGUGUCUCCGCAGCUGAGCUACCAAGAGCUUAGGGAGGAAAAUUCUAUGCUGAGGAGGAAGAUCAGAAGGAUCCAAAACUUCUCAGAAAGUCAGACCCAAAUGGUAAGGAACCUGGAGAGGACAUUGCAGGCCACGGUGAAUAAAGAGGAGAAAGAUGCUCAGGAUCUGGAAGCUCUGGUGCAACAGGCAGAACAAAAUCUCCAGUGCAUGACUCAAAGAGCCCUGAAGGCAGAGAGUGAUGUUGAGAAGAUGAAGCAGGAGAUGUGCUUCCUCCAGGCUGAGCUGACCUGUUACAAAGUGGAGAACGAAAACCUGCGAUCAGGCCAAACUAGCAACAUGGGAGCAGUGAAACAGCAUGUUGAAAUUGCCUUGCAGAACCUCCUCAGGGUCACCAACCAUGCACACGCUACCAUCCACCAGCUCGUCUUUGGAGCUGAGACGUUGACGCUUGUUGCUGACCUCCUUAAAUCUGUAGGCAGGAUGUCUGAAGUUGAAGAGGAAGUGAUAAAAGAAACUUAGGGAGCUCUCUUGCCUGCAAGUGCAGUGCUCCUGUGGUACCUUUUGAAGCUUAAAGAAUUUGCUC